GCAGAUUUUUUCAUUUCCCUGGAAUCAGUUUCCCUGUAAUAUAUAAUAAUAUAUUCAUUAAUGCAGCAGGUGGAACAGGGAGUACAAUGUAAGUCCAGGGCACCAAGCUGGGAAGAGAUACAAACAGUACAGAGCACUGAAUCACAAUUCCAAAUGAUCUUGAUAAGUGGGAGAAAUGAUCUGAAACCAAUAGCCUGAGCCUCCCUGCAGGGAAGAGUAACUGAGAAAGGUGAAAUCAAAUACAUCAACUGCGAGCAAUCCACGAGCAGCUGCACAGCACUGCAGGAAUUUGGGUGGGGUGGAACUCCACCAGAUGUUGUGGUAAAGGGGAGGCUGGGCAGGGCUUGGAGCAGCAGCCUGGGCUGGUGGAAGGGUGGAAUCAAAAUGGGCUUUGAGGUCCCUUCCAACCCAAACCAUGCUGGGAUUCCAGCCUCUGGUGAUCCCAACGCUCCUCUCAAAUGAGCAGGAGUUUGCUGCUGGAGGUGCUGAAACUGAGACCUUGUGUGUCCUGCUGAGCAAGAGGGGCACAGGGAUGUGCUGCAGCUCAUUAUCCACUUUCAAGUUCAUCAGCUUUCAAGUUUAUUGUCCCACAGGGAUUUGCCUGGGGUGUUUUCCAUGGAGAGCUGGCAGUGCUCUUGGCUUCUGAGUUCUCUGUCAGCAUCUCUGUGUGGGUGAGGAGCGAACAAAGCCAAAACUUUUGAUGAGGAGCGUUUGCAAAAGAGCCCAAAGCUUCCCAUGGCCCUGUCUCGGGUGGGGAUUGGAGCUGGUGACAGAUUUAUGGGAUUUUUCCCAGCACCUGGAUGGUGUUGCCAGUUUCCAGUGUAACAAGAUCCCAUGAGGGUGAGUGGUUUUUGGAGUUGUUCGUGUUGCCUGUGGAGCCACGUGAUGGGGUGAACUCACAGCCCUGGAGCAGGCAGGGCUGCAGAACCCAUCCCUGCAGGAGAAGAGCAGCCUUUGCUCCAGGAAGGACACACAGACACUGCAAGAGCUGAUUCUUCCUUUUCUUUCAACCAUUCACCGCUGGAUUUGCUUUGUUCCAACCCUCCACGGGUCCUGCAGCUUUUGGGGAGCUCUGACACCACAAUUCCCAGGCUAAGGAGUUCUGUUUUCAUGGUGUUUCAGCAUUGUCAAACAACUUCAGCAUGUGCAGCUGCUCUGGGGGAUCUGUCUGACUCUGCCUGAGCCUCCUGCUUUUCUUCUGGAGCUGCUGGAGGGGAAACUUGCUCUACAUCAGCACAGCCUCCUGGUCUGGGGAGGGCUACAGCUCCUGCCCUGCCUGUCAUCCCUGUUCCUGUGUGCUUUCCAUGACCUUUUGAUAAACAGUGACCUCUUGUCAGCCUUGAGAUCUGUGUUUGCCUCUUCUGAUGUCUCCAGCCCUGUCCUGGGUGUUUGCCUUUGACAGAAACACUCAGAGGAGCUGAUGUGGUGCAACUGUGGGAUCUGUAGUUCCUGAAUCCUGCCCUGCCUGAUCCAAGAGGAGGAGGAGGAAGAGGAGAGCCUCCUGUCUGUGCCACUCUUCAGCUCUUCACAUUCCUCAGGCUCCAGCUCCAGCUCUGGACCCCCACCCUGCUGAAGGGCUUGAAAAUGCCUCGUGGCUCGUGGAAAGCCAGAUCCCCAGGAAGGCAGCAGUGGGAGUGAGGGUUUCACAGUCUGCUCCCCACUCAGCUGCUGUGGGGCUGGUUGGUGCUUCCCAGCAGGGAGAGAGAGAAAUGCUGAAUUUGAGAGAGAAAUGCUGAGUUUCUGAGCAGAAAACACUGAAUCCUUCAAGGAGAGGCACCUCCAGCAUGGCCCAGAAAAGCCAAACUGGUGGAACUGAGAAGAAAGAGUCCUCCCUCCUGUACUGCAAAGGUGAUUUCAAGGAAGGAGCCCUGCAGUGGGUGACAGAACCCUCCCAAGGCCGGGUGCUGCUGGUGCUGAGCAUGGACAACACCUGCCCCACCUCCUCCUUCGACAUGGACCUUUGUGCUGAGAAACUGCAGUCCCUCGGGGUCCAGGUGCCGGCAGAUCCGUGGAAAAGGCUGAUCCAGGAGGGCGUCCUGAGGCCUGAAGUGCGGCGGUACCUGUUCUACAGCUCCAGGGGCUUCCAGAUCGCCAUGGCUGUGGUUUUCUACAUCUCUCUCUGGACAAACCUUUACUCCACGCUCCAGCUGUGUUCCCUGGGGCACUCCUGGGGGGCCGGUGUGCUGGUGACCCUGGUGGCCCUGGCUCUCACUGCCCUGGUGAUCCUGGUCAUUGAUUGUCACCAGAGGAAGCUGAACGUGAAUACAGAUGUGAGGCUGGCAGCUGUCAAUGAAAUCUUUAUCAAACACAACAUAAUCCUGGGGAUUACAGAUGUCCUGGAUGGGCCACACAACAUCCUACAACUGUGGUUUGUGCACUUCAGCCCCGAGCUCUGCCUCCAGGCCCUGUCAGCCCACAUUGCUCACCUGCAGGGGACACAGGCAGGCUUGAGGCACAGGCUGAAGAAGCUCUGUGUGGCCAUGGAUGUGGCAGUUCAGCCCGAGCUGGGGAUGGAGGAGGAGGCUCCAUGUGAAGAAUCCCCUCUUUUAUCCAGCAGGGUGACCCUGAAUAAAAAUCCUGUGACCUGCAAUGAGCUCCUGCACCUCAUCCCCGAGGGCCCACCCGAGGCCAUGGCCCAGCAGCUCCUGGUGAUUUUCAGUGGAUGCUAUGUCCGGCUCCUGGUGACAGGCCGGCUCCCUCGGGCUGGACCAGGGACACACCUGGGUCACAGCAGCGUCCCCUGCCUCUGCCAGUUCAUCCAGACCACUGUGCUCCACACCCACCACAGCUGGGGCAGUGAUCUGCACAUCCUGUCCCAAGGGAAUGCUCAGCUCCUCGUUCUCCCUGUCACAGACACCGAGGAAUGCAUCAUCCACAGGACAACAAAACCAAAAUUAGAUGCCAAUUUUGUAAAAGAUGGGCAAGAGCAAGGCUGUAAGAGCUUCAAACCUCCUUAAGGUGCACCCAAGGCCCUGCCUAAACACAAAGACCUUACAGGAGUGGGAUUGAGCUGGGUCUCGCCCCAGUUCCCUCCAGCCAAAAGCUGCCUUGCAGACACCUUGGUGCUGAGCAGGAGAAGGUGGGGUGGAUUUUGGGGAGCUGCUGGUGGUGAAGGGAGCAGUGCUGGGCUGCCUCACCCACCGCUGGUUUCCGUUUCCCUGCUCUGGCUGUGACUGGAAGUUGCAGCGCUGAAAAACAACAUGGUAAAGGCCCAUCCUCACCCCCAUUAACUCUGCUGAGACAAGUGUGGUUGCAGCAGAAAAGAGCCUGGCACAAGGGCUUUAUUUUAUUUUUAGCCUGACUGGAAGGAGAAAGAAUAGAAAUUUUGUCAUUGAGCAAUUUCCGGCCUGGUUUUGCAAACUCCAGAAGAUUCUGGUGCUCAGGUAACCGCGCAAAGCGCUCAGAGCUUUGCACCUCUUCAUCACUUCCCAUCGCCUCUGCCAACCUUUAGCCACAGCAAACAGAGGUGGAAGGCUGAGCAUUUGGGAUGGAGGUGGCUGGAAUGAGAAGAACGGAUUUCCUGCAGCAUCCCUGAUGGAGAUGCAGGGACAGCCUGGGAUCGGGAGGGUGUUGGCACUCGGGGAGGGGCAGGUGUGAAAUGCCAGCUGGAAAAACCUGCUGUGGGCACAGCAAACUGGAGCCCUGCCGGUGAGCACCAGGCUGUGGCUUGGCAGUGAAGCUGACACACUGAGAAAUCAUCUUCCCAGUUACGUCAGAGCCAGGAAACUCACUCAGCGAGAGAAAUGUCCUUUCCAUUACAAGAUGCACCCACUCAGAACUCAUCCAAAUGGCCGUGCAAAUAUCCCUGAGGGAAGGUUUAGUUUGGGAGCAGAGCUGUGGGUGGUGAAAUGUCACUGGGAGGUUUGGAGACAGCAGCGAGGCUGCUGUGGGGUUUUGCAGGGACUGGGUGUUUGCUGCCUCUGAACAUCCCUGAGUUCUGCUUUUGCUGUGAUGGUCCAGGUGGUACCACUGAUCCCUUAGGAUUUUGGCUUUUAUAUUUCCCAUGUAUUUGCAACCCUGCAGUUCUUCAGUGUGUAACUCCAAACUCCACACACACUGGGAGCUGCUGCUGCUUCCCCACUUUGGGCAGACACAGCAAUUCCUCUCCAGGCCUGGACACCAAGGACACCUCCCUGCCUCAGGCCCCCAGAGAUGGAAACAAAAGGGAGUUGGGGGCAGCAAACUUGGGGGAAAUGACUUCAUUCCCUGCAGCUGGAAUUGGGGGAUGAACCCCCAAUGUGCAAAUGGACCAAACUUAUAAAAGUGU